AAUAGAAUCAGGUCAACCCGAACGUCGUAUAGUACUAUGACUCCACGAUGCCUAAAGCAGCAUUGGCACCGACAAGCCUCGUCGGAUAUUUUAACGUUUCGUUCAAAGGCGUUUUUAUGCGCACUUAACGUAACAGCACAAGGUCGUGACAAAUCGAGGAAAACGUCCGACCGUGGCUAAUGCAGCAUUCGACCGUAUACGUAGCCGUGCCAACGCCUCAACCACUCAGGAUACUUCCACGAUCCAUAUAUACUAAUACUUAUUAUUCAGUGCUAAAAUUCUCCAGAUCUUACCAAGGCGCUAUAUUUAUGUCUAGUUCUCUCCAGAUAUUCACAGUUGGCUAUUCGUUCCUCCAAGCUCUGAUCGCGACAUCCAGCCUUCUCCACUCAAGAUGAGUUUGCCUUGUGCAUCCGUAACAACUACGAGGAUCUUGGUGACCGUUUUCCACGCGUGUGCUAUAAUGACCACUACCUUUAGGCUAUGGUAUCGCGUUCGAAAACGGCGUUUUUGGUGGGACGAUGGACUGGCUGCGAUCGCUUUGCUGUCACUCUGCAUUAGUUUGGUUUGUGUGUGGAUAAUAACGGAUGGGCAGGUUUCGCCAUCAGGCGAAUCAAAGAUGUUGCACAUUACUGCUGACUGGGGUGUUGUGACUACAUUCACUACGUGUUUAUGGUUUGCUCGUAUGAGCAUCAUGGUAUCAAUUGUGCGCCUAGCCCCACCGGCACUCAGGAUACGUUACCUAGCCCUGUGUUCAUCAGUACUCUUCGCUUUGAUGUGGGUUGCACUACUCGUGCAGAAGCUUUAUCUAUGUGGACAUAAUAUAGAUUGGUACGAUUCAUCUACGGCCCAGUGCCGUCUGGCUUCUUCGGUUGCCAUACUGCAAGUCGUUACGGACGUCGUUUCAGAUGCACUGUUGGUUGCUUUACCGAUUCGUCUUCUGCGGAAUGUCAACUUGCCAAAGAACCAGCGCAAACUGAUUUUAUCUGUCUUUUCAAGCAGUGUCUUAAUCACACUCGUUUGCGUUAUUCACAUCAUCUUUGUCAUUAAACCUGCCGUGAGCCUGCAGACUAUAACGGGUCAGCUCGAGAUCGCCCUUUCUUUGAUCAUCUGUAAUCUUUUGGUCAUCGUGACCUAUCUUUAUGGCGUGAUUCGCAAU